GAGAGGCAGAACCAAUCCUCUCUUUUUGCCUUCAUAAUUAAACAAAAAUGACUCUAUUUUCUCUUUUUAUUAUCAUCUAUUUUUUACGUUUUAUACUGAAAUUGAUUUUAAAACCCUAAUAAUAUAAUAAAGAGAGUGAAAGAAAAAGAGAGAGGUGAGAGAUAUUUUCUUCUUCAUCAUCAUCAUUCUCAGUAUCAGCAUCAUCAUCCUCCGUGGGGUGUUUAUUAUUCUCUCCUCUUAAUUAAACUCUUUCCCUUCUGUUUCAGUUGAAAGGCAAGAGCUUUCUGUCUUGUUAUUUGCAGAUCAGAAGGCUUUAAAGACAUGGGUACUUUCUGAUCCUCGGCUCUCUCUUCCUCAUCAUUCUACCAGAAGAUCUCUCUCUCUUCCUUUUUUUUUCUUAGCUUUUUAUAUAUAUAGAUAUAUAGAUAUAAAUAUAUUGCUCUCUUCUCAAACGAGUGUGUGUGAAUAACAAAUAGAAGCAGAAGCAAAAGCUGAAAAAUUAUUUUCUUUGGUUAUGGAUUCUGGAAAUAGUGGAAGUAUGCAAUCAUCAAGUGGGGGAGAUGAAGAGUAUGAUUCACGCGCCGAAACCAUUUCAGCUUUUUUGAGCCCACCGCCACAACCGCCACCACAUCAGCAACCGCAGCAACAACCCCAUCAUCAUGCUUCUAUGUUUGACCCUUUGUCAAACUACUUUGACACUUCUGCAAGAUCAUCCAACCCCAAUUCUCUGCUUAAUCUCGAUAUGGUUUGGCCCAAAACCUUAAGAUCUGAACCUGAUCUCGGCGGCGCCUUCAUGGCUGCCUCCUCCUCUUCUUCCUCCACUCAACAACUCUUCACCAACCAGACCUUUCUUCCACAGGCUAGAGCCAUCACUUUUUCCCCUCUUCAUCAUAACCUUCCUCAUCAUCACCUAACGGAGAGUGUUUCAGGUUUGAAUAUUGACAAAACCAACCCCAUCAUCACCACCAACACCAACAGCUGCGGUGGGGGCGGGAACAACAGUUUGGUGAGGAACCCAAAAAAGAGAUCAAGAGCUUCUCGGCGUGCACCCACUACUGUUUUGACGACGGAUACCUCAAAUUUCCGGGCCAUGGUUCAGGAAUUUACAGGGAUCCCGGCGCCACCUUUCACCUCCUCGCCUUUUCCAAGAACCAGACUUGAUCUAUUUGGCACCUCUACUUCUUCUCUGAGAUCAUCUUCAUCUCAUUUAGACUCCUCUCCGCCUUAUCUUUUAAGGCCAUUUGCUCAGAAAUUUCACACUUUACCCCCUUUUAUUUCUCCUCCUCCUUCUUCAACUUCUUCUUCUUCUUCUCCCUCCAUGAUUGACGCCAUAGCUGCUGCUUCUACUUCCACUAACCUCACUUCUCCAACUCCUAGCAAUAACAAUAACAAUAAUAACAACACUAAUAUUAACUACCAAAACCUACUUAACAUGAACAACUCCACCAUGCAAAACCCAAUUCUCAAUUUGCAAUCUCUGCUUCAACCCCAAACAAAAUUCCCACUUUCAAAUUCCCCCAUUCUUGCAAAUAAGCCUCAAGGGUCGUCGUCUUCUUUGGACAACAUGACUCAUCAUCAUCCCUCAAACGAAGAUUCCCAUCUCAAGAUUGGUGUUUUAGAGGAGCUUGGUUUGAGCGGCCAUGGACAUCUCAAUACAAACCUCAAUAGUGGCAGCAUCCAAAACAUUGUGUCUUCUUCAACUCCGACGUUUGAGAACGAUCAAGCGGCGGCGAAUGAAAGUGAUCACCAACGGCUGUUGAGGUCACCAUUCAGUGGGGGCAACAACUACAAUAACAACUGUCAGCAGCAAAUUUCAAAUGGAAAAGUCAAUACUUUCUCAGCUCCUUCUUCGGAUUUCCACCGUGAGAAAGUCCAAGAAAAUGUCGGCACAACAAGAACCGAAGGUAUGGUGGAAUCAUGGAUAUGUUCUUCAGAUUAAUUAGUAAAUGAAAACUGAUAUAGAAAAAAAUAUAUUAUUAUGAUUAUUCAUGAAAAAAGAUGGAAUCUUUAUGUUCUCUCCAUCAUAACCAUGACUUGGAAACAUAAAUUAGAGAACACUUGAAUUAAUUAUUAUGUAAAUAAUAGUUCGUUUCUCUUA